AUGGAUCUCAAGUACAAACACUUGGUUGAAAAAUUGGAUAUUCAAGAAAAACAAAUAGAUUACUUAGAGAGAGAAAACAAAAGGAGAAAUUUAGUUUUUUUCGGGAUAGAAGAAGAAGAGAGAAGUUACUUCCAGCUUUAUACAAAAGUAACUUACAUAAUAACGAUGAACAUGAAGUUAUCUUGUGAGAAAUACGAUAUAGAGAACAUUAAACGUAUCGGUAAGAAAGGAAACAAAGUUAGGCCCGUUAUAGUAACCCUUACAACACUAGGAAAAAAGAUAGAGAUCCUGAAGAAUAAAAAAUCUCUAGCAAGCACGUCAUAUUAUAUACAAGAAGAUUAUCCCAAAAAAGUUUUGGAGACAAGAAAAUCUUUGAAAGUUACAGUGGAAGAACUCAGACAGGAAGGAAAGGCUGCAAUCAUUAAAUACGAUAAGUUAAUAAUUUUAGAGGAUAAACUAUCAAAACAACAUCAACAGUCCAAAAAGAGAAUGCUCACACCGUCUCCAGUUACUCAAAAUAACGCAAAAUAUAAAAAAAAUAGAGAGCAGAAUAAGUUAAGCAGGUCAGAUAUAGCUAGUUUCUUCGUUCCACAAACCGACAAUGAGAAGCCCUCUCAGGUAAGCGAUUCUAGAAAUCAUUAG